GGACCAGCAAGGAUGACAACCCGAACGGACUGACCUUUCAUCCCCCAUCCUCCUAGUACGAUGUAAACAAGAGGCUGACGGGAAACCCAGCCUUCUGCAGAGAAACAUCUUCUCUUCACUGCCCUCAAGUAGGCAGCCGAUCCCAGGUGCCAGAAAGAUGGAGCCAGGCUUGCUGGUGUGGGGAUUCUUCACCAUCAUCAUGGUACCCGGCUGCGUGACAGAGCUCUGUGAGGACGACCCACCGACUCUCAGACACGCCACGUUCAAGGCCCUCACCUACAAGGUCGGCACCCUACUCAACUGCAACUGCGAGAAGGGCUUCCGCAGGAUAAGCAAAGGGUCUCUCGCCAUGGUUUGUAAAGGAAACUCGAGCCACUCUUUCUGGGAACAGACGUGUCACUGCGUCCGGACUUCUUCUAGGAAGACAGAAAAUCAAGUUACUCCUAAACCUGAAGAACAGAUGGAAAGGAAAACCACAGAAAUGCAAAGCCAAACACAGCCCAUGGACCCAGUUAACCUUCCAGGUCACUGCAGGGAGCCUCCGCCCUGGGAACACGAAGCUUCGGAGAGAAUUUACCAUUUUGUGGUGGGGCAGACAGUUCACUACCAGUGCGCCCAGGGAUUCAGGGCCCUACAGAGUGGUCCUGCCAAGAGCGUCUGCAAAAUGAUGUGUGGGAGGACAAGGUGGACACAGCCCCAGCUCAGGUGCACAAGUGAAAGCAAGAACAGUGAGUUUGCAGGUGACAAAGAGCUUCAAGCAAGCACUGAUGCUUCUCCUGGGAGUGAAACGUCCUGUCCCCUAAUAAUGACAGGUACCACAGAUUUUCAAACACGUACAGAAGUGGCUGCAACCACAGAGACGUUCAUAUUUACAGCCGAGUAUCAGAUGGCAGUGGCCGGCUGCAUUCUCCUGCUGAUCAGCAUCCUCCUCCUGAGCGGGCUCACCUGGCAGCGCAGAUGGAGGAAGAGUAGAAGAACCAUCUAGAAAACCAAGAGUGGUAAGAAGCCAAGAACAGCCCACAGACAUCAUGGAGCACAAGCAAAAUCAAAGAAGUUAAACACUCACCCAAGAGGCACCUCCUGUGAUCCCCUGGGUUUUGGAAAGCUCAGAAGUCGCAUCACAGAACACCAGGCACUGUGACCCCAUCGUGAAGCCAGCUCUGUAGAAUCACUGAGCAAGCUCAACCUGCUUCUAAGCAGCAGUUCCAAGGUCACUGGAGGAGCAGGGAGGAACAACAAGAACUCUCGGUCUUAUUUUCAUGUAUAUGCGUUCAUUAAAGCUUGACCUCAUGGAACCCUCUCCACACCAUAUAUAGUAUAAGGAAAAGUAGCUUCAUGUUAAUUUCUUCCCAACUUCCCAGUUGGGAAAUCUCAAGGAAAACCCUAGCACUAAUGUAAAUAGACACACACACACACUCCCCACCUUAUGAAACCGGACCUUCUCUGUGAUCCACAUAGAUCCUUUCCCAGCCUCCGGUUGACCAGCCCAUCUUCCUGGUAAUAUUUCUUAAUGAAUACUCUCUAAGACCUCUGGACUGGUAAGGCGGAAUCUUUUCGUCCUCAGCUCAGUCCUCUAAAUGAGCUGCCUCCCACUGAGCCUUCGAUUGUAAAUUUCUAAAGAACAGAGGCCAUGGCAGAAUAAUCUUUGGGUAACACCAAAUGAGGGCAACCAAGCCCUUGGAAUUGUAGAGCUUCCAUAUUUGAAAGGAUUUUACUGGAGUUAAUGUCAGGAAGAGAAGGAUAAACUAGGUCCCAGGCAAUGAAUUAUACCUGUCAAAAGACUUUCCCUGGACAUUACUAAUAGGCCUCUUCAAGAGUCUGUUUCUUUGAGAUUGCUAUAAAUGAUACUCUGAAUUUGGCCUGCACGAAUUUGAUGUUUACAGACAGACACACGAUGUGCAAAUGUGUAUAUUUCCAAAUAAGUGUCAUAAAAACACUGAUAAGGGAGCAAUACAUUUAAUGUUUAUAGAAGGAAGGAAAGAAGAAGGAAGUGAGGACAGGGAAGGGAGAUCAUAUUGACAGAAUGUAACUGUGGAAAAGGUCACACCAGUGGUCCUCAGGCUGUUAGCACAACGUUUAGCAAAGCACCAUCACCUGGAGGCCUUGUUAGAACACGUAUGGCUGGCCCCAUCUCCAGAGUUUCUGAGUCUGCAGGUCACAUUUCUAACAAAUUCUAAGUGAUGCUGGUGAUGCUGGUCUGGGAACCUCACUUUGGGAACCACUGGGUUAUACCUCUCCAUGCCCACCCACCUCCACUCCUACUGGGAAAGUCAGCUUCAGGUGCUGAUUUCGGUGAGCGUUCUUGUUCCGUCUCUUGGGUAAGAUCUCAAUCCUCCAAUCAGUUAACUCAGAUGUCCCAGUCGAACAAAGUCACGUGACUGAGGAGAUCAAUGAAAAACUUAAACCAGCAGCCAGUUUUCAUUCCUGAAAGGGCAGGAAAGUGUUAUGACAAAGGUGGGCAGGUGUUAGAAAGUCCAUACCCAGAUUAAAGAACCAUUUUCUGUCCUUUCUGUGACAACCAAGUACAAUCCAGAUUCCAUUGUCAACAUCCUCCUUUCUAAGUACGUAUAUGUUUUCUGGGUAAACUAAAAUGAGAGGAAUCUCAGAUCAGAAAAAAAUUUUUUUUUAAAUCUUACUUAUCUUACUUGAGUAAAAUUAAAUUGAAUAAUUAUUACUCAUUUUGGGGGAAGGAGGUCUAUGAGAUCAAAAUUUUUUUUCAUAAUAAUUAAGAUGAUAUUUACUUUUAUCACUCUUAUUCUCUUAUAAGCAUAUGGUAGAG